CUCUAGACAAAAUGGUGGAUGUUUUUGUUUUGCGGCAGGGUCAGUGUUAAACGGAGUUCGCCUUUUCACCGAUUUACUGCAAGAAAUUACAGAAAUAACAUAAGAAAAGCCAUAAACGUUUUAAGGUGAACUGCAAUGAAAGGCAAAGAAAGGUCACCGAUUAAAAAGCGUUCUCGGGUUUUGGAUGAUAUCCGAGACAGGGGAGGAGGCCACCCACCCAGCAAGAAAAUGGGGGCUAUCUCGGUUUCCAGUGGGAGUAAUAAUGGAAAUAGCUCGACUAAAAGUGACGGAGGAUCUACGAGAAGGAGUUUGUUGGGUGACAAGAGAGACAGGGAUUUUGACGGACAUGUAUCGAGUCGAACCGUCGGGAGUAACCAUAGCUAUCCCGGUGCUGUUGCUACCUCUAUCGGUAAGAACCACAACCUGGGCUUGACACUCGAUUUAGCCACGGCAAAGACUAAUUCUCGCGGCGAGCGUGUUCCGCCUCCACCUAACAUCAACGAGAGUGAGUAUAAAACUCUUAAAAUCAGUGAACUGGGCACCCAGUUGAGCGAUGAAGACAUAGAAGACGGACUUUUCCACGAAUUCAAAAAAUUCGGGGACGUGAGUGUCAAAAUCAGCCGCAGCAACGACGAGAGAAUUGCGUUUGUCAACUUCAGAAAGCCCGAGGAUGCAAGAGCAGCUAAACACGCACGGGGCAGGUUAGUACUUUAUGACCGUCCUCUGAAAAUCGAUGCAGUGUACAUUAACAGGAGGAGAAGCCGUUCUCCAGUUGAGAGAGUUGACAGAGACCCAUAUGUUGGAGCCCCAGGCCACAGACACUUGCACACCCAGAGAACCCUCUCCCCAUCGGGGCUUGGCUACAGAGACUACAGACUACAGCAGCUGGCCCUUGGGCGCCUUCCUCCUCCCCCGCUUCCCCCUUUGCCCAGAGACCUAGAGCGGGAGAGGGAGUUUGCCCUGUUUGAAGCCAGGGUGCGCCCAGUUCCAGCUUUCAUUGCAGAGAGAGCCGCUGCUUUCCGCGAGGAGGAUUUUAUCUCCCCAGAGGACGACCAAAGAGCAAACAGGACGUUGUUUCUGGGCAACUUGGACAUCACAGUCACAGAGACGGACCUGAGGCGGGCCUUCGACAGGUUUGGGGUGAUAACAGAGGUGGAUAUAAAGCCCACACGGGGACAGACCAGCACGUACGGGUUCCUCAAGUUUGAGAAUCUCGACAUGGCCCACCGCGCCAAACUCACCAUGUCUGGGAAGAUAGUGGGCCGCAACCCCAUAAAGAUUGGCUAUGGUAAGGCCACCCCCACCACACGCCUAUGGGUGGGCGGGCUCGGACCCUGGGUCCCCCUAGCAGCAUUGGCCAGAGAGUUUGACCGCUUUGGUACAAUAAGGACCAUUGACUACAGAAAGGGGGACACCUGGGCCUAUAUCCAGUACGAGAGCCUUGACGCUGCUCAGGCUGCGUGCACGCACAUGCGUGGCUUCCCUCUGGGGGGGCCCGAGAGGAGACUCAGGGUGGACUUUGCGGACACAGAGCACCAUUACCAGCAGCAGUUCCUUCAGCCUCUUCCUCUACCUCCCUUCGACAUGGUGGCAGAGUCUUUCAUCCACCGCGCCACAGCUGAGCCCCUGAGGGACAGGGAAAGGACUCCACCGCUGCUCCACUUCAGAGAGAGAGAGCUGGGCUUCCCCGGGGCCGAAUGGCCCCCCAUCCCGGCUAUGCGUGAGCGGGUACGUCCCGGAACCUUUGAGCCUCUGGAGCGGGACCGACGGCUGGGGGGGAGGGAGCCCUGGUCUCUGGAGCGAGAGCUGGCGGGGCGCGGCUGUGACCCAAGACGGAAACGACACCUUAUGGAUGACGGUCGCCAUGUUGACGUCUCUCCUGACAGCACCGACCGCACAGCACGCCGGCACCGAGGUGGCCCAUCCCCAGAUGGUAGCCCCAACGGGGGCCGCUUCAGUGACUCAGAGCGUCCCCCUCGUGGCGACGACAGACCCUCCCCUGGACGAGACCGUCGCCUCAGUCUGGAGCAUCCUGGCGGGGGGGACAGGAGACUGAAGAGCCAGGGGAGUCUUGCCGAAAGAGGGGCCUCCAGCAGUGGCCUCUCAUCUUCAGCAGGGGAGCGGAAACGUAAAGCCGGCGACAGCAGCAGCAAAGGACCUGGAGCUAAGAGGGAUCGCUCCUCAGAUCAGGGCGGCUCUAAAGGCAGUCAGUCAUCCAAGCUGAGCCUGGCCUGGCACGGAAUGCUCCUCCUGAAGAACAGCAACUUCCCAGCCAACAUGCACCUCCUGGAGGGCCACCAAGGCGUGGCCAAGGACCUCCUCGUCGACGGCCCCACGGGGAGACAGGUGGGGGAGCUCAAGAUCACCCAGCGUCUCCGCCUCGACCAACCCAAGCUCGAUGAGGUUUCCAGACGCAUCAAAGCGGCCGGCCCCGGCGGCUACGCCGUCCUCCUGGCGGUUCCCGGUUCCGGCGGCGAGGAGGUGUCGUCGAUGGACCCGGCAGCUUCGACACAGCGUCCUCUCCGAAACCUGGUGUCCUACCUGAAACAGAAGCAGGCAGCCGGAGUCAUCAGCCUGCCGGUUGGAGGCAGCCGGGAUAAGGACCACCAGGGUGUUCUCCACGCGUUCCCUCCGUGUGAGUUCUCCCAGCAGUUCGUUGAUGCCUCGGCUAAAGCUCUGGCCAAAACAGACGAGGACUAUCUGGUGAUGGUCGUAGUGCGGGGGCCAUCAUAACUACAAUCAGAGAGGGGGAGGAGGAGGAAGCAAAACAUCAAUGAUAUUGUAAAAAAAGAAAAAAUAUAUAUGUCAGUAACUACUAUUGCAUGCUGUAGGUGGAGUUCUGCCCCAUUGGGUAAUGCUAGAGAGUAGUGGUAUGAUUUUGGGGCGGUGCGUGAAUAGGCGAUGUCACUAUUUGUUCCACCAAAAUAAAUAUAAAAUGGCCACCUUGAAAGUCAACAAAUUUGUAAUUUUGGAACCCUGUUUUAUAUAAAGGGUGUGAUAAUUUCUAGCCAACAUAUGCAGAAACGAUUCAGCCGGAGUAUUAUAAAAGGGGGGGGGGGGACAUUCUAUGAAUAAAAAUAAAAAAUCUACUGUAAUUUAAAAUGAGGUAAAAUAGGACCCUUUUUCUUUUAGGAAAACUUGAACCAACUGCUGUAUGUGAGAAGUUAAAACUCCACUCCCAAAAUUUGGUCGUAUUAUAUAUAAGUUAUACUACUUAAUGCUUAUUACAAUCAGUUGGUGUCAUUUAAAGUUAAUUAUAUAUUUUUUGCUAAAUAUUAACCUCAGAACCCUUUGUUCACCAACCAUUUCUUUAUUCUAAAUGUCACAUUUUGAGAAAGAUACCAUCAGGCCCUGUUUGACUGCUAUGGUGAGGAUAUAAAUCAUUCCAUUUGUUUCUCAUCAAAAUGAUUGGGGACAUUUAAUGUUGGGAUAUGUCUUUACUUGACUGUCUUUCAUAUUGAUCAAAUGGACUUACUGUCUUUCUCCUAAUACAUGAAAAUGUUCUAAACCUAGAAAUCUGAACGUCCCCAUGCACAGUAGGCUAUCUGGUGUUAGGUUACACCUGGUGUUUUACCCUGUAUAACUGGUUAGGUUACACCUGGUGUUUAGCCCUGUAUAACUGGUCAGGUUACACCUGGUGUUUUACCCUGUAUAACUGGUUAGGUUACACCUGGUGUUUAGCCCUGUAUAACUGGUCAGGUUACACCUGGUGUUUAGCCCUGUAUAACUGGUUAGGUUACACCUGGUGUUUUACCCUGUAUAACUGGUUAGGUUACACCUGGUGUUUAGCCCUGUAUAACUGGUCAGGUUACACCUGGUGUUUAGCCCUGUAUAACUGGUUAGGUUACACCUGGUGUUUUACCCUGUAUAACUGGUUAGGUUACACCUGGUGUUUUACCCUGUAUAACUGGUUAGGUUACACCUGGUGUUUUACCCUGUAUAACUGGUUAGGUUACACCUGGUGUUUAGCCCUGUAUGGCCAAGGGAUGGUUAAUGAACACUACAAAAUGUGUUGAGACAAAAAUGUAAAGGAGGUUGAAACACGUGUACAUGGGUUUUAGUUGCUGAGUGUAAAGGCAACCUAACUUGGCUGUGGUGUAGCUUAAGUACAGUGUGUUCAAUCAGUUUCCAAAUGUCUUUUAAUGUUUAAGUGACUAACCAGUAAUAUUUCGGCAUAUUGAGAGGCAGAAUGAGGAAUAUAGAAGUGAUUUUUGCCCAGCUGAUAUAGAUGGGUUCAUCAAUGCAAUGACGCAACAAACAAAUAGCCCACUAAAAGAGAUGCUAAGGGUAGAUUUUAUUGUGUACAUUGUCUUUAGCACCACUUGACCCUUAGUAGUAACUUGUGACCUAUAACCUUUGACCUAUAAUGUGUGAUAAGUUGGUCCGGUUUCAUUCAAUCAAUAUGCCAAUGUUUGUCUGAAUAUGACAACAUUUUAAUGGUAAUUGCUAACAAAUGAUUUACAGUAAUCCUAAUAAUCAAUAAGUAAAAAGGUAUUCAACAUAUAAACUGAUCAUUUAGUUUUUUUUGGGGGGGGGGAUUGUAAGUUUGAUAAGUUGUAGUGCUAUAAUUUUUUUGUAUAUUUUAACCACAAUGUUUUCCCGUCAGCCAGCAGUCAACGGUUUGAUUUUUAAGACCUAUAUUUAUAGCCUACUGUUGGUACCAUUAUAUGGCUGUUUCUUUAAAAAAAAACUAAACUGUAGUUUUAAGAUGAGGUUGGUUUGGUUUAUCUGUUGAAAAACUGAGAAAAAAUAUGUAUUUGUCUCAAAGUUCACCGCUUCAACUGUGGACUUUCUAUGGCUCAAACCUCACAGGAAACUGAAGAGAAGAAAACUACUUGGUAUUUAAACGUUUUCACUGAGAAGGCAGCUUUUAAGUUGUGUGUCGUUUGUGUUGUGUUUUAAGUGGAAUAAUAUGACCCUCUCGCUUUGUGCUGUGUACCUGAUUUCAUUUGGAAGACAAGAAAAGGAAAAUCCUCUUCCCACAUUCAUCUUACUGCCAAGAUGUUUAACACACUCAGAGAAAAAGUGCAUUUACGCGCUUAUUUGUCCUCUGAAUAUAAAUAAAUUGUUUCAUUUGAGGGAAACCUGUUUCUGCCCUGGAUAUGAAUUGAACAGAGGGAACUGCUCUGACCACCCCAUCUGUUGUGUUUCCAAACAGGAAUUGUUUAUCACUUUGAAUUGUUGCACAAGAGAAGAGACCCAAACCCCUCUUUGCUGAUUGUUAGAGACUAGGAGAGACCUCUGCGUUUGUUCGCUGAUGAUCGCCUGUGUGUGUGUUUUCUCACACACACACACACACACACACACACACACACACCUUUCAGGAGCGGUUGAUGAUCUGUUUAGCUAACACAAGCUGUUCAGGAGUUGUUGCUGAUUUAAUAGCAUACCUUUUGACCCCACUACAUUUUGCCCCUCCAAGGCUGGGCCCCCAGGGUUAAUCCUACUGCCCUACCAGGUGAACACAGUACACAGUGGGGCAGGAAUCACAGAAUCCAUGGAGGAGCCUAUCCUGCUUGUUUUCAGCCGCCAGCCCGUGUCCUGCCGCUCUGCUGUGGAACAGUGGCAGGCUGACACACUAGUGCAGUAUGUGGGAGAACAGCACUGGAAUACAGUAACAGCCCCUUUCAUUUGAUUGUCCUCUACAAGGUUUGAGUCUUCACAGGCUGGAUUUGCAAGGCUGGUCUGUUUUGAGUUGACCACAGCCUGGGGUGUGUCUGUCCGUUUGGGCUGUGCCUUGUCCACGGUUCCCUACACAAGCAGAGGGAGAGUCCUGUCACCGGCCGCCACCAAUGAUGCACCUCUUUGGGUGCAGUUUUUGUUAACUCACAUAGCAGCUCUACAGUACCACUACAAUCUGUUGCACUGCUGAGGGAGUCACCUUGACCUGUGACCUUUCAACGUCUCCCAGUUCUCCCAGAAUAAUGAUUAUUUGUUGCCAUCCUAAUUUAGAUUUCUUCAGUUUAUGAUUUGACUCCAUGUAUGCAGUGAAUGGAUGGAGGAUUACCCCUUGUCAUGAAUAGGAAUAUUGUUGCUGCGGUUUAUUGAUUGAAUCUUUUCCUGAAAGAAAGGAUCAGGAAUAUUUACAUUUUACAUUUACAUUUUUUGUUAUGCUACGGUUUCCCAUGACAACCGCAGAACAACAUCCAACAUCAUCUACCUCACAUUUCACGUGAACAAGGGAACUUAAGCAGAAAAGGUCAAGUGAGCAAUUUGAAACUCAAUUUGACUCAGCAUUUCCACAUCGUGAAAGGAUCCAUAUUGUUUUUUUUAUUUAUUUUUUAUUUUGUGACAGUUCAACCAAAAGGCCCCUUUGUUUUAAAGUCCUCUUAUCCAAUGAAUAAAUACUUCAUUAUAUUUAUCCCUUGUAGCUCCUCCCAGUACGAGUGCAUCACGGCCUCCCCUCAGUACAAGUGCAGCGAUAGCAGAGUUUAAAUCCCGCUCUGCCCUUGGUGCUGAAAAAAGAAAACGCCACUGGAGAAAUGCUGCCCUCUAGAGGAUCAUGAACAAACUGCAGGACAAAAGGUGACGCCAUCAGUACUGCAGUGCUGUAGGGAGACACUACACCACACUGAUGGCAUGGAGAGAGGCAGCUUCUUGCUGUCACUCCCUGUUGGGGAGUAAGGAGAGGGGAGGCUGCUGCCUGGCCUUUAUUGUAAGUCUGGAAGAAGCAGAGGUACGUAUAUUACCAAUAUUAUGUUACAGUAAGUAUGGCACCACGUAAGGGGUUCCUCUCUUUUUAACUAGCACCUACAGUCCAUUCAGUCUAGUCUGGCAGGCCACUGAAAAUACAACCGAACAUGAUUUUCCACCUCCCUUGGCUGUAAUCGAUUCACUAACACGUUAUUAUAUUACUACUUGUUACAUUACAGCCAUAGGUCUACAGUAGUGUUAGGAAGCACUGGGUCUAUUCACCAAUUAUACACUGUCAUGAAUAUAAACACUUAUGAAGUGA